UGACCACGUCUUCAAAAUGCUGCUACUGGCAACACUGACAAACUGUCAAGUCAUAUGUCAAAAACCAGCUGUCAAAGUCAAAGUACUGCCAUUUUCCUCUUGCCGCAGUCUUUUUCUUUCUGUUAAAAACAGUCAAGAUGGCGAGAGGUCCCAAAAAGCAUCUAAAACGUUUAAAUGCCCCCAAAGCAUGGAUGUUGGACAAAUUGGGGGGUGUGUUCGCCCCCAGGCCCUCCACCGGGCCACACAAGCUCAGGGAGUCCCUUCCAUUGGUGAUUUUCUUGCGUAACAGGUUGAAGUACGCCCUGACAAACUGUGAGGUGACCAAGAUCGUUAUGCAGAGACUUAUUAAGGUCGACGGCAAAGUCAGGACUGAUCCUAACUAUCCUGCUGGAUUCAUGGAUGUGAUCACCAUUGAGAAAACUGGUGAAUUCUUCCGUUUGAUCUAUGAUGUUAAGGGAAGAUUCACUAUUCACAGGAUCACUGCUGAAGAAGCAAAAUACAAAUUGUGCAAAGUCCGCAAGGUGCAAACCGGACCAAAAGGUAUUCCAUUCUUGGUCACUCACGAUGGUAGGACCAUUAGGUACCCUGACCCAAUGAUCAAGGUAAACGACACCAUCCAACUGGAAAUCGCCACCUCAAAGAUCCUGGACUUUAUCAAAUUCGAAUCCGGCAACUUGUGCAUGAUCACCGGAGGCAGGAAUUUGGGUAGAGUGGGAACGGUAGUGAACAGGGAAAGGCAUCCGGGAUCAUUCGAUAUUGUCCACAUUAGGGACGCUAAUGAUCACGUGUUCGCCACUAGAUUAAACAACGUAUUCGUCAUCGGUAAAGGAAGCAAAGCUUUCGUGUCUCUGCCAAGGGGCAAGGGAGUGAAACUGUCCAUUGCCGAAGAGAGGGACAAGAGGCUCGCGGCCAAGACCCACUGACUUUAAAUGUAAUAUUUUUUAAUAAGUUAAUAAAAAUGUGCGUAAAA